ACCUUCAUUUAAUGCACACAAUACGGCUAAAGGCGCUGUAUACAUAUUUACUUUGAAGCCUCAACCGGAGGUGCUUUUUUUGUUUUGUUUUUUCGCACCGCAAUCUUGACAAUUAGCUGUCAUGUUGUUAGCCAGUUUUUUGGAACACUCCUAGCUCGGAUCCCACUCCCCAUCGUCAGGUCCCCCCCACCCGACGAAACCAUGGCCGAACAGGCCGCCGGACCCCCACCGUCGUCCCAGCAUGACGAUGCGCUCCAGCAGCGGGUGGAGGCUCUGGAGCGGGAGAGGGCCGAGUUCGGCAAAAUCAAGCAGCAGUUGGAGGCUGAGUUCAACCAGAAGCGAGCCAAAUUCAAAGACCUCUAUUUGGCCAAAGAGGAGGAUCUGAAGAGGCAGUCGUCAGCACUGGAAUCGUCUCAGGCGGAGCUGAGCUCUGUCCAGCUCCAACUGGCCCAGGCCCGCUCCGAGAUCGAGACCAUUAAAGCGGUGGCCACCGUGUCGGAGAACACCAAGCAGGAGGCCAUCGACCAGGUCCGUGGCCAAUGGCAGGAGGAGGUGGCCUCGCUGCAGGCCAUCAUGAAAGAAACGGUUCGCGAGUACGAGGUCCAGUUCCACCAGCGUCUGGAGCAGGAGCGAGCCCAGUGGGGGCAGUACCGUGAGGCCAUGGAGAGGGAGGUGGGAGACCUCCGGCGGCGUCUCACCGAAGGCCAAGAGGAGCAAAACCUGGAGGACGAUAUGAAAAAGGCUCAGGAGGAUGCGGAGAAGCUCCGUUCGGUGGUGAUGCCCAUGGAGCAGGAGAUUUCCUCGCUCAAAGCCAAACUGUCCGUGGCCGAGGACAGGGUCAAAGAACUUGAGGCAUCCAAGGUGAAGGAGCUCAAUCAUGUUCUGGAGGCCGAGAAGUCGUGUCGCACCGACUUGGAAAUGUACGUUGCCGUGCUCAACACGCAGAAAUCCGUCCUUCAGGAGGAUGCUGAGAAACUACGCAGGGAGCUUCACGAAGUCUGUCACAAACUGGAGCUGGAGCGGCAGCAGCACAACCAGCUGAAGCACACGUGGCAGCGAGCCAACGACCAAUUCCUGGAGUCUCAGCGCCUCCUCAUGAGGGACAUGCAGAGGAUCGAGAGUGUGCUCUCCUCCGAGCAGCUGCGGCAGGUGGAGGAGAUGAAGAAGAAAGACCAGGAGGAGGACGAGAAGGAGAGGUUGAGUCAAGUGAAGGAUCUGCACGAGGAAGACAGCGCAGACAACACUGAGCCCUUGGAAGACAUUUUCCUGGGGCUGAGCAUCGAGGAGCCGCCGACCAACCACAGCGCCCACGGCUCCAUACACUCCCUGGACACCGACGUGGUGACGGGCGGCUCGUCGGACCCCUACAAGGAGAACCUGCGGAGGGUCCAGUCCACGGACAGCCUGGGCUCCUCUCUGUCCGUCCAGCAGGGCUUGAACCACAAGGCCAAGUCGGCCGGCUACUUGGACGAGUCGGACUUUGGGCCCCUGGUGGGGGCCGACUGUGGCGCGGCGGACGCCAGCUUGGGGGAGGCGUGGUCCGUCAACUCAAUCAAGCUGACGGCCAGCCACUUCCUGCUCACCAAAGACCAGGAGAAGGCCAUUAAAGCCAUGACGCCUGAGCAGGAGGAGACGGCGUCGCUGCUGUCCAGCAUCUCGCAAGCUCCCGACACCGCUUACUUACCCCCAGCGGGCUACCGACUGGUUAGUGACAGCGAAUGGAACCUGCUGCAACAGGAGGUGAAGAACGCGGGCAGGAAGCUGGGUCGCCGCUGUGACAUGUGCUCCAAUUACGAGAAGCAGCUACAGGCCAUCCAGGGACAGGAGGCCGACACUCGAGAUCAGCUGAAGAAACUGCAGGCGAUGUUGCGUCAGGCCAAUGAUCACAUGGAGAAGACCACGGCGGAGAAGCUAAAUCUGGAAGAUUCCAUCAAGCUGGGCAAUGAGGAAACUGCUGCUAAGGUGUCGGCUCUAAUUCAACGCGUCCAGGAGUCGGAAACGCUGCUCGGCGUGCUCCAGGAGGCCUUCGGUGAAGCGAAGAGGAACACGCAGGCACAGAUGGCUAUACUGGUUCAUUCACGGGAACAAGUUGCAGACGAGCUGAGCCGACUCCAGCGGGACAACGAGAGCCUGCAGGGGAAGCACCGUCUGCACACAGAACUGCUGCAGCAAGAGGGCUUCACCAUGCCCGACACUGCAGAAGAGCUCCAGGCGACAGUAUUGCAGCUGCGAGAGAGCACGGUGGAGCUACGGACGUCUGCAGAGCACAUGGAGGAGAAGCUCAAGGCGGAGAUCCUUUUCCUCAAGGAGCAGAUCCAAGCAGAGCAGUGCCUCAAGGAGAACCUGGAGGACACCCUGCAGAUGGAGAUCGAGGGCUGCAAGGAGGAGAUCGCUUCUUUCUCCAGUUUGAAGACGGAACUGGAACGGAUGAAGGCUGAGAAGGAUCAGUUGCAGAGCAGUUUAACACAAAAGACGGAGACACUGGAAAGCAUCCAGUCCUUGAGGAUCAGUCUGGAGCAGCAGCUAAAAGAGCUCAACGCAACCAAGAGUGCGCUAGAGAGUCAGGUGUUGGAAGAGAAAGACAAAGCCCAGCGCUUGCAAACAGAAUUGGACGUCAGCGAGCAGGUCCAGAAGGACUUUGUCAAGCUUUCGCAGACACUUCAGGUGCAGCUGGAGCGAAUACGGCAGGCGGACUCUUUGGAGCGAAUCAGACUUAUUCUCAACGACACCAACUUGACUGACAUCAACCAGCUUCCGGAUACAUGAUAGAGUGCCCGUGGAGAAAAGUGCCUCCUUCCUUCUUUCUCCAUCCCUGUAACAUUAUCGGUCCCCCUCGUCCUCCUCAUAACCGUCACGGAAGAAGGGAAGGCAGGUCAGGUAGGAAGGAGCAGCGGCCUUUUCGUCUCCAUUCAGUUGUGGAACCGUGAUGAAGAACACUACUAAAAACAUGACAAAUGUGCAUACGGAUAGAUUAUGGUGGGGAAAUCCCAUCUUGCCUGUGGAUGUCUUGUUCCUACUGUAGAUAGAACUGUAUUAAUUCCAUUUGGAAAAAAAAGUCUAAUUAGCUUUAAACACCUAUAAAAAGGUUUGUUGUGGUCUCCAAGCACUUUUUCCUUACCAGGUAACAACUUGGAUGCUUCCCUCCUCCCCCACCCAAAGAUUGGUCACUAAUUCUCCAUCCCACGUGUUGGUUGUCCCGCCCAUUCUGUCUUUUAUUUUUUUUUUUUUU